AAUAACAGCCUACUCCUCUUUCGGCUAUUUAGGUCAUUUUACGAACAUAGACGCCCUUCCUGCGGAAACACAUUUCUGUAAACUUAAGCCGUUAACAGUCCUGACAUUGCCUCCUUCAGUUGACACUACGUUUUAGUGUGACACGGCGUAGAUAGUGUAGCCAGCAUUAGUUUUUAUUUCAGCAGACAAUUAAUCGAAGUCAAACUGGUUUUCUACGUACCUAAACUUGACUCCUCCUUGACUCUGUGCCUUGUGGCUGAAGCUGAGCUAAGACAAUUAAGCACGAUCAGUUGCAAAUUGUUGACACUUAUCUCCUGUCGCAGAACGUCACAAAUCAAAAUUACCUAAGGUAUUUCAAUCAAUUCAGUUGAAAUCGAUAGUGUCCUCUCAGGAAUGCAAGCGAGUUAUCACGUAUUCUGAGCUGAGAAGGUCAAAGAAACACUCCAUAUGCAUUUCCGUACUUUCUUUGUCCAAACGCUUUAGUCUAGUACUUCUGAGGGUCGGAACAUCGUUAUACUUAACUCGUCCCAGGGUUAGACAGUCAUAGCCCUACGCGGUCUGCCUUUGGACACCUUACUUCUGAGCAGCGCAUCCCAUUAUUUUCUUCCUGACUACUUUUGUUCUGCUGUAUAUAUUACGAACAGAUCAAGGAGGGAGAAAGUAACUCGAUCCUACCACUGACUUCACUUCUAAGGUAGCCUUAAAUGCAUUUUUAUUUCCACUGAAACACAAUUAUAGUCUGGUGUAAACACCUUUAUGAGUGGAUGAAUGAAUAUCAUACGGCAUCAGACUGAAUAAGUAGUAAAUAUCUUUUGGGUAACUGCAGCCCGGCCAAUUUAUGAAAAAAAUAAUAAAAACAGCGCGCGGAAACUGAAUUUUUUUUAAUCUUCUUAAGUUCGCAUUUUUUUAAUGCUCAAGUCAUAAUACUGAUAUCACUUUUAGAAUUCUUUUCAACCACAAUUUUGGCAAAUGUCGGCAAAGAAAACAUGAAGUGAGAUAUUCACUUUUGUCCAUUGCAUGCUAUUAAUAUUUUAGGUUAUCAGCAAUGCCAACAGCGUAAUAAAGCCUUGAUAUAUACUUGGAAUAUAGGCAGAUUGAGUGCCAUACUUGAUCAACAUGUCGCUUUUACUGUUUUUACUCGGGGUAGAAAGAGUUAGCAGUUUUAGACAACCGAAGUUUUCAGUAUUGGCUGGGUCUCAUAAGCCCCGCAAGGAGUUGAGUUUGAUUCUAACAGUAUCUUGUUAUUUUGGAUAACACUCAAUCGCCAUAUCUAUCUUUGUUUUUAUCAGGAUACAGAUGUCGAACAGCACAGACAGUCCACUGCCGACUCUUUCACCAGACACUGAAUACUCAGUGAUACCAAGAACUCCUCUGGUAGUUAUUCUGGCGUGUCUUUCGUUUGGCACGGUCGUUGGUAACAGCAUAGUAUGCUUCGCGAUCUAUAACCACCCAGCCUUGCGUCACGUGACCUACAUGUCAAUCUUCAGCCUGGCAAUCGCUGACUCUUUGGCAGGCCUGGUCGCCAUGCCGAGCUAUAUCUUUAAAAAGUUCACAUGGGAGGAACCAAUGCAGACGAUCGUGUGCGACAUAUUUCGCUCUUCCUACUUUCUCACGGGUUACGCUUCUAUUCUGAGUUUGUCUGUCAUCAGUGUAGAGCGCCUGAUAGCCAUCAGAAAUCCGCUGAACCAUGUUACCAUUGUCACUCGUCGUCGAGUUGCCCUGGCGCUAUUGUUCGCCUGGAUGGACGUCCUGAUGGUUUCUUCCCUUCCUUUUGUCCCAUGGGAAUCAAACGAAUCUUAUCAGGAGUGCAACUACAGCCCGACCCACUGGUGGAGCAUCAUGGUUAUCAUAUCCAACGUCAUAGUUCCAUUUCUGGUGAUCGUGAUCUGCUAUACCUACAUGUACAUCACGGCCCAGUCGCACAUCAAGAAGAUAUCAAGUAAUAAGAGAAACAUAUCGCACAACAGCGAGCAUUCCCGCAAAGAUUAUAAGGAGCGCCGAGCAAAUAUCACCAUCAUGGUUGUGAUUGGCGUCUUUGUGGCCUGUUGGUUUCCAUCUUGCUUUUAUUAUUUCUUACAAAAAACAUGUCCGCAAUGUUUCUUAGAAUCGUUCCGUUCGAAGCAAAGCCUUGUCAAUGCUUUGGUAAAGAUCCUGACUUUUACAUCGUCCUUUGUGAAUACAUUAAUUUAUUGCUGGAGAAGUCGUGAGUUUAGAAGCGUUUUCCUGAAAAUUUGCAUUCGCAAGAAGCGAAGCUUUUCUGACUCACUCUCCAGUUAUUUCAACAGUUACAUUUCACGACAGGGCAACGAUGAUCAAACGAGGUUCCGAUGUUCUACGAUACAAGAAAAACUGGACAAGAUCAAAACUAGCGAUAGCAAAGGCAGCCUUGUUGAACUUGUUUAGAUGAAGUUAAGUCACUGGUUUUAAUUAGGGACUUACUAAAGAGAAGAGUAGAAUAGUUCUUUUAUUAAAUUGAACUGUUAUUUUCAGGUUUUUACUACCAUUUAAAGGUAAUUUUGUAUGUGGCCAAAAUAAC